AUGAGUGGAAUCUGUAUCGACUUGCAGCACAUAGAGACCAGCCAGUUCCACCACUACGUCUAUGAAAUUGUGGUACCGGUUUUAUUCGGUGUAAUCACGAUUACCGGUCUUGUCGGUAAUCUGCUCGUAAUAUUUGUAAUCGUGUCGAAGAAGCAAAUGCGGACCGUAACUAAUUUGUUGCUCCUUAAUUUAGCGGUUUCCGACCUCUUUUUCGUGCCACUGCUGACGGCUUACAACUACUGGCACUAUGUCGAGUGGAUCAUUGGAGAGGAGGCCUGCCAGUUCAUGCACUUCAUCUUCAACGUCACUGCUUACGUCACUGUCUUCACGCUUGUCCUCAUCUCUAUUGUACGUUAUAUGGUGGUGGUAAGGAACACGACCACAGGACACCUCAGAACGAAACCGCGGAUCCUAAUGGCAAUCGCCUGCGUCUGGAUCAUGUCCUUUGCCCUCAGCUUACCGGUACCACACAAACAAACACACAUACACACGCAUACAGCACACAUGCAUCUACAGAAGCACAUACACACAAACACACACAGACACAAACAUACACACACAGGCACAAACAUACACACGCAUGCACACAGUUACGUUCUGCCACUUUUUACAAUAAGUCUGUUGUACGUUUCGAUCAUUCACCACAUCUAUCGCAAGAGGAUGUCCGUCUGCACUGUUCAGGGCAGACCCAGGAUCAGAUCAGAGCUUAAGACCAGACAGAUGCUGGUGACGGUCCUGUUCGCCUUCUUCACCUUCCUUCUACCAAUCCACAUCCAGAUGCUGCUGCAUUAUUACGAUGCACUGCCCCAAAACGACUUGUAUCAAAUCCUCUCCAUAUUUUUCAACUGCCUGGCCUACACCAACUCAGUCAUCAACCCGUUCAUCUACAACCAUUCGUCAAAAGACUUCAGAGACGCUUUCAGGGAGGUCGUCUGUUGCCACGUG